AUGUCUUUGAGCCCUCCAAGAGGAACUGCCGAUGCCACCAGAAACUACCGGCUCUAUUGUUGUUACUAUUGUCAUCGGAUAGUCCGUGUUGCCUCAGACAACCUGUCCGAGAUGGCUUGUCCACGGUGCCUCGGCCAGUUCCUUCUUGAAAUCGACAUGGGAAGAACUAGACCGGUUCUUGAAUUCACUGCAUUUGAUACCUCCCCUUGGGCCCGAAUUCUUGAAGCAUUGUCCCUCUUGUUUGAUCCACCAAAUGGAUUGCAAAAUCCCGACAUGGAUAGAAGAAGAAAUGAUCGAGGAACUACACAAAGAAGUCGUGUUCUUUACACAAGACAUCAUAGGGAAGGAUCCGAGCCUGCAAACCGAAGGGGAUGGUUAUUGCCGAGAAGAAGAAACAAUUUGUUUGGUGAGAACGGGGAUGAUUGGAGACCCGAAACUGGGAUUCUAGCCCGUCUCUGGACCUGGAUCAUUCUCAGACCAGCCGGUGGUCGGAAUCCAUUGCGGGAAGGGCUGAUACCACCUAGGGUGCAACACAGGAACUACUUUGUGGGCCCUGGAUUUGACCAACUUAUUGAAGAACUUGCUCAGAACGACAGGCCAGGGGCACCUCCAGCGCCAGAAUCGGCUAUUGAUGCGAUUCCGACAAUGGAAAUUAAGCCAUCCCAUUUGGCUACCAGUUCAGAAUGCCCAGUUUGCAAAGAAGAAUUUAAAUUGGGAACUGAAGCAAGGGAGCUUCCAUGCAACCAUAUAUACCAUUCUGAUUGCAUUGUCCCUUGGUUGAGGCUUCACAAUUCUUGCCCGAUUUGCCGCCACGAGCUGCCAGUUCUGAGUCAAAUUCCUGCAAACCGGAGCCAAAUUCCAGCAGAUUCAUCCAGCAAUUCUCGUGAGGAAGGUGGUGGUCUCGAGCUGCCGGUUCUGAGUGCAAACCGGAGCCAAAUUCCAGCAGAUUCAUCCAGCGAUUCUCGUGAGGAAGGCGGUGGUCUCGACCAGCGGCACUGGAGGCUGAGUCAACUGGGCAAUAUGUGGCCAUUCCGAUCAAGAUAUUGA